UUUCCUCUUUCUCUGCGUUUCUGUUCUAUUCAGAUCGAUCGGAGUCGCAAAAAAUCCCAAUUUGAAACCCCAAAAACCACUUUCUCCCAAUUCGCAUCUAGGGUUUCCGCCAUUUUUCUCCAAACGGUCGAUCGGAAGCCAUGGAUCUGGUGGUGAUUGGCCGCCACGCGCUUCUCUUCGACGACGACGCCAGCGCCGCCUUCGUCAACUCCAAGGAGGCUCUCGUCGAGUGGAACUCGCUCUCCAUCGAUCGCUACGACGUCCGCCACCUCCUCUCCGCUCCUCCGCCGCCUCGCAGUCGCCGCCGUCCGCCGCUCCUCCCCGACGGCACGCUUGAGUCCGAACUCGAUCGCGAACGGUACCUCGAUUUUCCGCCGCCUUCGGAUGAGCAAGAGCAAGACGCAGGUAAAGAUGAAGAACCGGUGGUUGAUGGUGGCUACCAUGCUAUUACCUUCUCUUAUGGAAAUUCAGGUGAAGCAACUGCGCUGAAAAAUGAUGAUGUUGAAUCUGCUUUCCACCCGCCAUUUCCUGUGCCAGAAAGCUUAAUUCAGAACCUACCUCCCACGGAGAAGGUACAUCAAAUCAUUGCACGAACUGCUAUGUUUGUCAGCAAGCAUGGCGGGCAAUCAGAAAUUGUUUUGAGGGUAAAACAGGGAGACAACCCAACAUUUGGGUUCUUGAUGCCUGACCAUCAUCUUCAUCCCUACUUUAGGUUUCUUGUCGAUCAUAAUGAGCUACUUGAUGGGAAAUCCCAAGGAGAGAAGAAAGAUGAUAACGGACCUAAUCAGACUGGUGGUGCAUUGUCUUUACUCGGUUCUGUAUAUGGGUCUGGAGAGGACGAGGAUGGCACAACUGAGGAUCUUCUACCUGAAGCAAAAUCAGACAAGUCUCGGGAAACUGUUGAUGCUGGUAGUAUGACUGCUUCUUAUGGAGGAGAACAAAUGGAAUCUUCAGGAAAUACAACUGCAAAAAAUGACGUCAUUUCAAACCAUUUGAAAGAAAAAGUGCAUGUCAUAAAACGGAAUCGUAGCAUUAACACAGUCAGAAGUUCCACUACAUCAGAGACGAAAAGGGAUGGGGAUUCCUCGGGGUCGGUUGGUACUGCCACCAGCAAGUCACAGGAACCUGCAAUACCUAGCACCUCCAAGGUUGAACUACCUGUAUUGGAGCCUCCAUCUGAAUUAAAGAGAGUGGUUGAAAAGAUAGUUGAGUUCAUCUUGAGGAAUGGUAAAGAAUUUGAAGCUGUUCUUGCUGAACAGGAUCGUAAGUUUGGAAGAUUCCCAUUCCUUUUGCCGUCUAAUCCAUAUAAUCCGUACUAUUUAAAGGUCCUCCAGAAAACUCAGGAGUCUAAGUUAGCUGGUAAGGGCCGCGUUUCUGAGAAGCAUGAGUCAAUGGGGCAUGGGAUAGAAAAGAAAACUACAGUGUGUAGAGAAAGUGAUGCACUUACCUCAGGAUCUAUUGAUGCUGAUAUAUCGUACGAUUACGAUAAGAAAGAGAAGUUUCGGAUGGUACUUGGAAAAUCCAAGAAGGAUGGACAAGAUCCACCUCCCAAAGUUAGCCAGCCACAAUGUGAGUUUACUGUAGAUGCAGAUGCUGCUGCAGCUAUCCUUAAGGCCGCUACAAGUGGCAUUAAGAAUCCAAGUCUAGAACUGUUCCCAAAACUAUCAGGCGUUGGCAUUGGUCAAGGCCCCAGCAAUGAGGGCAGACAAUCUUUAAGCCUUGGGAGUCUCCACACAUCUCAACCUCAGAGUUCCGUCCAAAGGCAAACCACAGUUGGGGAGCCUAGCGUUUCUGUCCCUGUAGCAAAGGCCAUGGCAGAGACGGCUGCAAGAACAGCCGCUAAUGAGGCUGAUUCAUCUGAAGCAUCCUUGACCCGAGAACAGAAGCUGAAGGCUGAGAGAUUGAAACGGGCAAAGAUGUUUGCAGCCAUGGUAAAAAGUGGGGCCGCACCUUUAAAACCGGAUCCAUUGCGCAGCUUAUCAGUUGAGCCAGCUGGAUCUGGCAUUUCCUCCUCAGGCAAUGAGGUUGUGCAUCCUGCUGGAAAGGAGAGGGAGGGGAGUUUGGUUCCGGCAGAUGUUGACACUCUGCACAAGAUCGAGAAGUCUAAAAAGAUAACUCUCGUCGACAAUUGCAAUGAGCGAAGAUCAAAGAGGAUUUACAGGUCAAGAACUAAAAGAGAUGAUGAGGAGGAAGAAGAAGAACUGAAGGAUGAAGAAGAUGAAAGGGACCACAAGGACUCAAGGAAGAAGCAUAGGUCUCAUCGAUUGUCAAGCCACAGUAGGGACAGGCAUAAACACAGGAAAAGACACUCUUCCAAGGACAUAGACUCUCAACACCGUCAUAAGCAUGACAGAGAUGAGUACUCUGAUGACGAGGAUCAGCACUCUCAGCGUCGUCAUAAGCACAACAGCUCCUCUGAUGACAGUGAGCAUCAAUCCUUUAGGAAAAGGCGAAAGCAUCAUAGCUUUGAUGAUGAUGAGCAUUGUGGUUCUCGACGCCACCAUAGACAUGUGGACUCCUCAGAUGACGAACAUCGGCGUACUCGACGCAGACGCAAACACGGUGGCUCCUCUGAUGAUGAGGGUCAGCACCGGAGCAGAUCCAUUAAACAUAGGAAACAUCAUUCCGAAAGAGAAGUGGAAUUAGAAGAGGGAGAAAUCUGUGCAAAGUCUGAUCAAUCGAAAGCAAAUGAAAGUGAAGGAGCUAGUAGGGAAGCCUCUGUAGAUUUAUUAAAGUCGCAUCGACAAGAAACCGCUCCAUCCCAGCCCUCUGAAACCACGGAGGUCUCUGAUGAUUUAAGGGCCAAAAUCCGUGCCAUGUUGAUGGCAACCUUGUAAUAGUUGGAGGGCUACUUUUUAUUACUAUUAGUAUUGUUUUUCACAACUAUUGUAGUGACAAUUGUCACGAUUUCCAUCAUUUAUGUUAAUGCGUAAAGAGCUCUUUUUUUCCGUUCC